GCGUGUUUUGUAUUUUUAGUGGUAUUACUGGUUUGCUUCUUCAAACAGAACUGUCAAUAUGGUAAUCGAAUAAUCCUAAUAAUCGUUUAUGAGGAUUAUUUGAUAAAAAGAACUCAUGGCUUCGAAUAAAAAAAUAUCAACCUUUUUUAUCGUCCGUUUUGUGUUAUUUUUAUUUAAACAAGUCUGGCAAACUAAUAUUUUGUGUGUUCGCUUAAACUUGUCGAUAUGUCUGGCGAGCGCCUUAGAAUCAUGAUUAUUCAAAAAGUUUAAGUUUUGUUCUGUGCCUAUGUCAACAACAACCACGCAACAAUCAUAUGUUCAUAGUUUGUAGUCUGUGAAACCAAACAAAAAGUGAUGGCUUCAUGGGGGGCGCGCGCGCGUUUCUUGAUUUGCUCGUAGUGUUCGUUACCUGACUAACUUGGCGAUCUUAUUAAUAUUUGAGGCUUUUCACUUGCUGAUCCAAAGUUUUACACACCUAUAUUGUAGGCGAAGUUGAAGAAAUUCGUGAAGGUUUCGUUUGUGACUUAUUAACUGUAAGCUAUUUUUGAAAGUUCGAUGUUGAUUAGUUUACUCGAGUGCAGUGUAGUGUUGUUAGGCGGGCGGUGAGCGGCGGCGAUAUGUCUGGGGCAACGACGCCAGCGACGGAGGCGCCGGCGCUGCAAGACCGCGAUGUGGAGCCACGCACACCCAUGAAACGUCUUGGCUCCACAAGAAAAUUAGCCGCCUUCAGCAAUAUCCGUAUCCAGUUGUCAGAGCAGACGCGCGUGUUGGAGGCGCGCGCGGAGGCGGCGGCCGGUGUGGCCGGGGAGCUGCACGAGUACUGUCGCCGGCGCGCCGACCUCGAGCACGAGUACUCGCGGGCGCUGGACAAGCUGGCGCGCACCGCACACCAACGGCACAAGGACCAGAAACACAAACGUGAGCAAUGGCCGCUGACCGGGGCGUUCGCGUGCUGGCAGGCGGCGCUGGAGAAUACGCGCGCGUUGUCGCGCGAUCACGCGGCGUUGGGUGAACUGUACGGUGGACCGCUCGCCGCCCGCCUGCAGCGCGCCGCCGAUGACGCGCUGCGGUUGCACAGGAAGUGCAGGGAUAUAGGUGAGCCGGUAUUCGUUCACAUCGGUAUCGUACGAUAGUUAGGACACGUUACAAAUAGCUUUUCGGGCGUCCGUUCGGACUCCAUAUCGUGCACUAUAGAAAUUCACUUCGCUCAAAAUGAAGAUCUAUCUGUCCGUCGUGCGUGAAGUAUGUGUGUCGUUGGGCGGUUUGGUGUCCAGUGGCGGAGCGGCACGAGGAGGUGGGCGGGGCGCUGGCGGAGGCGGGGUGCGCGGGGAAGGCGCACGCGGCGGCGGCGGCGGAGUGGCGCGCGGCCGCCGUCAAGCUGCGCCGCGCGCACGACCAGCGGCUGCGGCUCGCCGCGCAGGACCCGCCCCGGCACAAGAAGCUGAAGGCGCUCGACAAGGAACUGGAGAAGGUAACGCUCCACACCACAUCCCAUCACACCCCAUCGCACGUGUUGAUGUUACAAUAAAAAACAAAAUAUCUCGCAAUGAAC